CGCCGGCGUGUCGGGGCGGGCCGAGCCCCGCGUCUGGUGUCUCGGGAGAAAACGACGAUGGCGUUCCGGUGUCAGCGUGACAGCUACGCCCGGGAGUUCACCACCACCGUGGUCUCCUGCCUUCCAGCGGAGCUGCAAACCGAAGGAAGCAAUGGCAAGAAGGAAGUGCUGAGCGGCUUUCAAGUGGUGCUAGAAGACACGCUACUUUUCCCCGAGGGCGGGGGACAGCCCGAUGACCGUGGAACAAUCAAUGACAUCUCUGUGCUGAGAGUGACCCGCCGGGGGGCCCAGGCUGAUCAUUUCACACAGACACCCCUGACCCCUGGGACUGAGGUCCACGUCCGGGUGGACUGGGCUCGGAGGUUUGACCACAUGCAGCAGCAUUCGGCACAGCAUCUCAUCACAGCAGUUGCUGAUCAUCUCUUUGGGCUGAAGACAACAUCAUGGGAGUUAGGGCGACUCCGGUGUGCGAUUGAGCUGGACAGCCCCUCUGUGACGGCGGAGCAAGUAGCUACCAUUGAGCAGAGUGUCAAUGAAAAAAUCAGAGAUCGGCUGCCUGUGAAUGUGCGAGAACUGAGCAUAGACGAUCCUGAGGUGGAGCAGGUGAGGGGCCGGGGUUUGCCGGAUGAUCACGCUGGGCCCAUUCGAGUUGUUACCAUCGAGAGUGUUGAUUCCAACAUGUGCUGUGGGACCCAUGUGAGCAAUCUCAGCGACCUGCAGGUCAUUAAAAUUCUGGGCACUGAGAAGGGGAAAAAGAACAAAACCAACCUGAUAUUUCUGGCUGGGAACCGGGUGCUGAAGUGGAUGGAGAGAAGUUACGGAACUGAAAAAGCACUGACCACUCUGCUUAAGUGUGGCGCAGAGGAUCACGCGGAAGCAGUGAAGAAGCUGCAGAACGCCACCAAGCUCCUGCAGAAGAACAACCUGAAUCUGCUGAGAGACCUGGCCGUGCACAUUGCCCACAGCCUCAGGAAUAGCCCUGACUGGGGAGGUGUGGUCACAUUACACAGGAAGGAGGGUGAUUCUGAGUUCAUGAACAUCAUUGCCAAUGAGAUCGGGUCAGAGGAGACGCUCCUGUUCUUAACUGUGGGCGAGGAGAAAGGCGCCGGCCUCUUCCUGUUGGCAGGGCCAGCUGAGGCCGUAGAGACCCUGGGGCCCAGGGUGGCUGAGGUGCUGGAAGGGAAAGGAGCGGGGAAGAAAGGCCGCUUCCAGGGUAAGGCCGCCAGAAUGAGCCGGCGGGCAGAGGCGCAGGUGCUCCUGCAGGAUUACAUCGGCUCCCUGAGGGCUGAGGGCUGAGGGCUGAGGGCUGAGGAUGCGGCGCCAGCCUGGUGCUGCCACCACCGAGGCGGGGUCUGCAUGGUCCACGGAAAGACUCUCUUGCACAAUAAAAUAGUUUGA